UUACCGCUUGGCGUCGUGUCGUCACGCAGCGAUAGUGUAGAAUAUAAUAAACAUGGCGGUGCCAUCAGCUUCGCUUUCAACGCGAAAUAAAAAGCAUUUUCUAGGGGUUCCAGCACCCUUGGGCUAUGUCGCUGGUGUCGGAAGAGGUGCGACAGGUUUCACGACUCGUUCUGAUAUCGGUCCAGCUCGCGAUGCCAACGAUGUUUCUGACGAUCGACACGCUCCACCUACCAAAAGAGCUAAGAAAAAGGAAGAAGAAGAAGAGGAUGAAGAAGAUCUCAACGAUUCCAAUUAUGACGAAUUCUCUGGGUAUGGAGGGUCGCUGUUUAGCAAGGAUCCUUAUGACAAAGAUGAUGAAGAAGCAGAUGCAAUUUAUGAAGCGAUUGAUAAACGCAUGGAUGAAAAGCGGAAAGAAUAUCGUGAAAAGCGCCUAAGAGAAGAACUUGAACGUUAUCGCCAAGAACGGCCUAAAAUCCAGCAACAGUUUUCAGAUCUGAAGCGUGAACUGGUUAAUGUGUCUGAGGAUGAAUGGAAAAAUGUUCCCGAAGUUGGCGAUGCGCGUAAUAGAAAACAGCGGAAUCCACGAGCUGAAAAGUUUACGCCUUUGCCAGAUUCUGUUUUAGCAAGAAACUUGGGCGGAGACACUUCUACUAGUAUAGACCCAUCUAAUGGACUGGCUUCCAUGAUGCCUGGCCUAGCCACACCUGGUAUGUUGACCCCAACCGGUGACUUGGAUUUGCGAAAAAUUGGACAAGCUAGAAACACGCUUAUGAAUGUGAAACUGAAUCAAGUAUCAGAUUCUGUUGAGGGUCAAACAGUUGUUGAUCCCAAAGGUUACUUAACGGAUCUACAAAGUAUGAUUCCUACUUACGGUGGCGACAUCAAUGAUAUAAAAAAGGCCAGAUUGCUUUUGAAAUCCGUUCGUGAAACAAAUCCUAAUCAUCCCCCGGCUUGGAUAGCAUCUGCCCGCUUAGAGGAAGUUACGGGUAAGGUUCAAGCAGCAAGAAAUCUUAUCAUGAAGGGCUGUGAGGUGAAUCCAACUUCUGAAGACUUGUGGUUAGAAGCGGCGAGGCUUCAACCUCCGGAAACGGCAAAGGCCGUAAUUGCCCAGUCUGUACGUCACAUUCCAACAUCUGUUAGAAUCUGGAUCAAAGCAGCUGACUUGGAAACGGAAGUUAAGGCAAAGAGACGUGUUUAUCGAAAAGCCUUAGAGCAUAUUCCGAACUCAGUACGGUUGUGGAAAGUAGCUGUUGAGUUGGAAGAACCAGAAGAUGCAAGAAUUUUAUUGAGUCGAGCAGUUGAGUGUUGUCCAACAAGUGUCGAUUUGUGGCUCGCCUUGGCCCGAUUGGAAACUUACGAUAACGCGAGAAAAGUUCUUAAUAAAGCUAGAGAAAAUAUUCCAACGGAUAGACAGAUUUGGACGACUGCUGCUAAACUAGAAGAAGCUAAUGGCAAUAAGCAUAUGGUAGAAAAGAUCAUUGACAGAGCAAUUAGUUCCUUGAACGUUAACGGAGUUGAAAUUAACAGAGAACACUGGUUCAAAGAAGCUAUGGAAGCUGAAAAAGCUGGUGCUGUCCAUUGUUGUCAAGUCAUUGUCAAGUCCAUCAUCGGGUUUGGAGUUGAGGAAGAAGAUAGGAAACACACUUGGAUGGAAGAUGCAGAAACAUGUGCACAACAAGGUGCUUUGGAAUGUGCUAGAGCAGUGUAUGCUUAUGCUUUAGCAACUUUUCCCAGCAAAAAAUCGAUCUGGCUGCGUGCAGCAUAUUUUGAAAAGAGUUACGGAACACGGGAGUCCUUGGAAGCGCUACUCCAACGGGCUGUGGCUCAUUGUCCUAAGAGCGAAGUUCUGUGGCUCAUGGGUGCCAAGUCUAAAUGGCUUGCUGGUGACGUGCCAGCGGCAAGAGGUAUUUUGUCAUUGGCUUUCCAAGCCAAUCCAAAUUCUGAAGAGAUUUGGUUAGCUGCAGUCAAGCUUGAGUCAGAGAACUCUGAAUAUGAACGUGCCAGAAGAUUGUUGGCAAAAGCUAGAGCAUCAGCGCCAACUCCUAGAGUUAUGAUGAAAAGUGCCAAGCUUGAAUGGGCUCUUAAUAAUCUAGAAGCUGCACUGCAUCUCCUCCAGGAAGCUAUAGAAACUUUUGAGGAUUUUCCCAAGCUUUGGUUAAUGAAGGCUCAAAUAGAAGAGCAACAAGGGAAUCUUGACAAAGCUCUGGAAACAUAUAAUCAAGCUAUCAAAAAAUGCCCCACUUCUGUGCCAUUGUGGUGUUUGUUAGCUCAACUUGAACAGCGUAAAGGUCAAGUGACAAAGGCUCGUUCUGUACUUGAAAAAGCACGGCUUCGUAAUCCGAAAAAUGCGGAGCUUUGGCUAGAGGCUAUUCGAAAUGAAUUGAAAGGUGGAGGGGUGCGAGACAUGGCUAAUACGUUGAUGGCUAAAGCUCUGCAAGAAUGUCCUACGUCUGGUCUGCUGUGGGCUGAAGCAAUCUUUAUGGAAGCACGACCACAACGAAAAACAAAGAGUGUUGAUGCGUUGAAAAAAUGUGAACAUGAUCCCCAUGUUCUACUAGCAGUCUCCAAGCUUUUUUGGUGUGAGCAUAAAAUAUCCAAGUGCAGAGAUUGGUUUAAUCGCACCGUUAAGAUAGAUCCUGAUUUAGGGGAUGCUUGGGCGUAUUUUUAUAAAUUUGAGCUUUUAAAUGGCACUGAGGAACAGCAAGAGGAAGUCAAAAAGCGAUGUGUAGCCGCAGAACCGCAUCAUGGUGAAAAUUGGUGCAGAGUAUCUAAAAACAUUGUAAAUUGGUGUUUAAAUACUGACCAAAUAUUGACCGUAGUUUCUAAAGACUUACCGAUUCCUAUCUAAAACCGAGUGUCAAAAUUGAAAAUAAUACCGUAUUUAUAAAUAUAGAUUACUGUAAAUGUAUUAUACAUAUAUUAUGUUUAGGAUGGUAAUAUUAAACGACAUUAAGUACGAAUUGUUUACGCACCUUCUUGAUUUAAAUAUCA